GUAGACUUCACACUUGUUUCUUUUUCAGAAUUGUAACUUUGAUAGAGCCUCUUCUCCCUCUAUUACCAUAUUUAUACACCAGAGAGGUGAAUAAUGGCGUUGCUUCCUAUUCGUUUUCAUGAGCAUCUUCAGCUUACUAAUGUGGGCAUACGCCCACAAAACAUCUGCUUUGCAAAUGUCACGAUGGAAUCGGACAAGUUCAUCGUUGUUCGUGAAAUGAUCGGAGACUCUCAACAAGUGGUAAUUAUCGAUCUCGCCGAUCCAGCCAAUCCACAAAGGCGACCAAUCUCGGCAGACUCAGUCAUUAUGCAUCCCACAGCGAAGAUCAUCGCUUUGAAAUCGGGUAAAACACUUCAAAUCUUCAAUAUCGAAUUAAAAGCCAAGGUGAAGGCGCAUCAAAAUGCUGAGGACAUCAUUUUCUGGAAGUGGAUCAAUGAAAAAACUAUUGCGUUGGUCAGUGAAACAGCUGUAUAUCACUGGUCUAUCGAAGGCGAUGCAGCCCCCUUAAAAAUGUUUGAUAGACACCAGUCACUAGCGGGUAGUCAAAUCAUCAACUAUCGCGCAGAUGCAGAUUGCAAAUGGCUCGUAUUGGUAGGAAUUGCGGCCAAGGAAAAUCGUGUUGUUGGAAGCAUGCAGCUUUACAGCACCGAACGUAAAGUAUCACAGCCAAUAGAAGGACAUGCGGCCUCAUUUGUGCGCUUCAAAAUGGAUGGCAACCCACAUCCAUCGAACUUGUUCUGCUUUUCUGUGAAGAAUGAGGCUGGCGGCAAGCUUCACGUUAUUGAAGUGGGAUCACCUCCAGCAGGGAAUCAGCCUUUCCCCAAGAAAGCCGUUGAUGUGCCAUACACUGCUGAAACUGCAAAUGAUUUCCCUGUAUCAAUGCAGACUUCCUCCAAGCAUGGCAUUAUCUUUUUGGUCACAAAGCAUGGCCUUGUUCAUCUGUACGAUAUGGAAUCGGGUUCACGUAUUUAUUCAAACCGUAUCUCCACUGACACUGUCUUUGUCACUUGUGAAUACCAUGCCACUGGUGGAAUUAUGGGUAUCAAUAGAAAAGGACAAGUGCUUUCCGUAUCUAUCGACGAGAACAAUAUGAUUCCAUUUGUUACGCAGCAAUUGCAAAAUCCCGAUCUUGCUCUCAGGCUUGCAGUGCGGUGCGACUUACCUGGAGCUGAGGAGCUGUUUGUUCGCAAGUUCAAUCUGCUUUUCGGAAAUGGCCAAUAUGGUGAGGCGGCUAAGGUUGCUGCUACGGCACCACAGGGUAUCCUGAGAACGCCGCAGACUAUUCAGAAGUUUCAGCAAUGCCCUGCCAAUCCUGGCGGUGGUGCUUCUCCUUUGCUGCAAUACUUUGGCAUUCUGCUUGAUCAAGGGAAGCUAAACAAGUACGAGACACUUGAGUUGUGCCGACCGGUGCUGGCUCAGGGUCGAAAGGAGUUGUUAAAUAAAUGGCUCAAUGACCAGAAAUUGGAAUGCUGUGAAGAACUAGGAGACCUUGUUCGUCCACAUGAUCCAACUGUUGCCUUGUCAAUUUAUCUCAGAGGAAAUGUCCCACAUAAGGUGGUGCAAUGCUUCGCAGAGACUGGUCAGUUCGACAAAAUCAUCCUUUAUGCCAAGCGAGUCGGAUUUGAGCCCGAUUAUCUAUUCCAGCUGAGACAGAUACUUCGUUCCGGAAAUCAGGAAGCUGGUGCUAAAUUCGCUCAAAUGCUAGUCGCUGAGAGCGAGAAUGGUGAACCGCUUGCGGAUCUGAACCAGAUUAUCGACUGCUUCAUGGAAGUGCAGGCCGUUCAGCCAUGCACGUCCUUCUUGCUUGAGGUGCUGAAAGGUGAUAAACCAGAAGAAGGCCAUUUGCAAACGAGACUGCUUGAAAUGAAUCUGCUCGCUGCUCCACAGGUUGCCGAUGCAAUCCUUGGCAACAAAAUGUUCAGUCACUACGAUCGACCACAAAUUGGACAGCUUUGCGAAAAAGCAGGACUUCUGCAACGUGCUCUUGAACACUUCACGGAUUUAUAUGAUAUCAAACGCACUGUGGUGCAUACUACUCACUUCAAGCCAGAUUGGUUGGUCAACUAUUUUGGUUCGCUAUCUGUCGACGACUCACUUGAAUGCCUGAAGGCGAUGCUCACCCAAAACAUACGUCAGAAUCUGCAGGUUGUCGUGCAAAUUGCUUCGAAAUACCACGAACAGCUGGGUACCGAUAAGCUAAUUGAUAUGUUUGAAACGCACAAAAGUUAUGAGGGCUUGUUUUACUUCCUGGGAUCAAUCGUCAAUUUCAGUCAGGAUCCUGAAGUUCACUUCAAGUAUAUACAGGCAGCAACUCGUACGGGACAAAUCAAGGAAGUAGAACGCAUCUGCCGUGAAUCGAACUGCUAUGAUGCAGAGCGUGUAAAGAACUUCCUGAAAGAGGCUAAGCUUGCUGAUCAGCUGCCUCUCAUCAUCGUAUGCGAUCGUCAUGACAUGGUUCACGACCUUGUAUUGUACCUGUACAGAAAUCAGCUCCAGAAAUACAUUGAGGUGUUCGUACAAAAGGUUAAUGCUGCCCGUCUGCCUAUUGUGGUAGGUGGAUUGCUCGAUGUCGAUUGCUCUGAGGAUGCUAUCAAGCAAUUAAUUUUGAAUACUCGUGGAAAGUUCGACAUUGAUGAGCUUGUAGCUGAGGUGGAGAAGAGGAAUAGGCUGAAGUUGUUGUCACACUGGCUUGAGACUCGUGUGCAGGAAGGAGCUACGGAUGCAGCCACCCACAAUGCUAUGGCCAAGAUCUACAUUGAUUCAAACAACAAUCCAGAUAGAUUCCUUAGGGAAAACCCAUACUAUGACAGCCGAGUAGUUGGAAAAUACUGUGAAAAGCGCGAUCCCCACUUUGCCUUCCUUGCUUAUGAGCGAGGACAGUGCGAUGCAGAGCUGAUUGCUGUUUGCAACGAAAACUCGCUCUUCAAAAAUCUUGCUCGGUAUCUGGUGCGAAGACGUGAUUACGGACUUUGGGAGCAAGUAUUGAAUGAGGAGAAUCAGUAUAGGAGGCAGUUGAUCGACCAGGUUGUACAAACUGCUCUGUCUGAAACCCAAGACCCCGAAGACAUAUCAGCGACCGUGAAGGCAUUCAUGGCAGCCGAUUUACCCAAUGAGCUCAUUGAGUUGCUGGAGAAGAUUGUUUUGGACAACUCUGCGUUCUCAGAACAUCGUAAUUUGCAGAAUCUGCUUAUUUUGACUGCUAUGAGGGCUGACCGUUCGCGUGUAAUGGAAUACAUCCAAAAACUGGACAACUAUGAUGCGCCUGAUAUUGCAAACAUUGCAAUCUCCAGCGAGCUGUACGAGGAAGCUUUCGCCAUCUUCAAAAAGUUCGAUGUCAACAACAGCGCCAUCAAUGUCCUUAUCGAUAAUGUAGCCAAUCUGGAUCGUGCUUAUGAAUUUGCCGAAAAAUGCAACCAGUCUGAUGUGUGGGCUAGUCUAGCUAAAGCUCAGCUCAAGCAGGAUAUGGUCAAAGAGGCCGUAGACUCCUUCAUCAAGGCUGACGACCCAGGGGCAUACAUGGAAGUGGUUAGCAAGUGCUCUCAAACUGAGCAUUGGGAGGAUCUGGUUCGUUUCUUGCAAAUGGCUCGUAAGAAGUCUCGCGAGUCCUAUAUUGAAACCGAACUGGUUUACGCUUUGGCUAAAACGGGUCGUCUCACCGAAUUGGAAGAAUUCAUUUCGGGACCAAACCAUGCCCAAAUUGGACAGAUCGGUGACCGCUGUUUCGAUAAUGGCAUGUUUGAAGCAGCGAAAAUCUUGUUCAAUAACAUUUCCAAUUUCGCGAAACUAUCUGUAACCUUAGUCAAACUUGGAGAGUACCAGGGUGCAGUUGAUGCUGCAAGGAAGGCCAAUAGCACCAAGACAUGGAAGCAGGUCUGCUUCGCUUGCGUUGAGAAUGGCGAGUUCCGUUUGGCUCAAAUUUGUGGUCUGCACAUCGUGGUCCAUGCAGAUGAGCUUGAGGAACUCAAUAAUUUCUACCAAGAACGCGGACACUUCGAAGAGCUCAUUAGUCUCUUGGAAGCCGCAUUGGGAUUGGAACGUGCCCAUAUGGGGAUGUUUACCGAAUUGGCUAUUCUGUACAGUAAGUACAAACCGGAGAAGAUGCGCGAGCAUCUCGAGCUCUUCUGGAGUCGAGUUAAUAUCCCGAAAGUCUUGCGAGCAGCCGAACAAGCUCAUCUUUGGGCUGAAUUGGUGUUCUUAUAUGAUAAAUAUGAAGAGUACGAUAAUGCUGCUUUGACAAUGAUGCAGCAUCCCACGGAAUCAUGGAGGGAGCAACAUUUUAAGGAAGUCAUUGCUAAGGUUGCAAAUGUGGAGUUGUACUACAAGGCCAUGCAGUUCUAUUUGGAUUAUAAGCCUCUCCUCAUCAACGACUUGCUAGCCGUCCUUUCGCCCCGUCUUGACCACUCGCGAACAGUGCAGUUCUUCUCGAAACUGAAGCAUAUUCCGCUGAUCAAGCCAUACCUGAAACAAGUGCAGAAUCUCAACAACAAAGCCAUCAAUGAAGCACUUAACCAGCUCCUCAUCGAUGAGGAGGAUCAUGCUGGCUUGCGAGCAUCGAUCGAUUCGCAUGAUAAUUUCGAUAACAUUGCAUUAGCUCAACAGUUGGAGAAUCAUCCGCUAGUUGAGUUCCGACGAAUCUCUGCUUAUCUGUUCAAGGGUAACAACCGAUGGAAGCAGUCUAUCGAGUUGUGCAAGAAGGAUAAGCUUUAUAAGGAUGCCAUGGAAUAUGCCGCUGAGUCGAGAAGCAGUGAAUUAGCGGAGGAGUUGAUUGCAUUCUUUUUGGAGGAGCGCUUAUAUGAAUGCUUUGCUGCUGCCCUGUACCAUUGCUACGAUCUUCUUCACCCGCAUGUGAUCCUCGAAUUGGCAUGGAAGAACAAGAUCACCGACUACGCUAUGCCCUACAUGGUUCAAGUGUUCCGAGACUUCCAGAUCCGCUUGGAACGCCUCGAACAUGCUGAAGCCGAAAGGAAAGACGAGCAACGGGAACAACAACAACAGAACGGAAUGACCAUGGAGCCGCAGUUGAUGUUGACGUACGGUGGCGCCGCAAUGCCGCCGAUGGGCUAUGCACCGCCGAACCCAUAUGUUCAGCCCCAAUACGUCCCACAACCGCCACAUCCUGGAGCACCUGGUCCUUUCAUGUAGAUGCGUUUCAUAUGUAGCGUGUCAUUGUUCUGUGACCAGCGGCUCGCGUGUGUUCAUCUACACGUCCCGUUUCCUCGUAUUUAGGUUUGAGAAUGUGGAGGAAAGAGCACAUGAACGUGGCAGUGUGCAUGGUGCUCUUGUGUUUAUGCUGUAAUCAGGUUGAGUGUGCUACGUUUAAUACCCUCUGUAUCAUCAGGAGUGAGAGAGGCUCGUGCGGCUUGGGUUCCGCGCUGCUGCCUCGCUUGGUCUCUGCAUUUCUUACGUGAGCGUGCUCUCCUAUAUUCCUACGCUUAAUUAGUGAUUGAAGCUCGGCCUUUUUCGGGUCAAGAUGGGAAAAUGACCAGAGAGCACGCUCAGAGAGAAUGUAGAGCCUAGGCGAGGCUGUCCUGCGGAAUACGAGCCGCAUCAGACCCCAUCACUCCUGAUGACACGAAGAGUACACUCCAUCCCUCAAUAGUUAUUGAAGUUUUCUCCAUGGAGCGAGUUUUUGUCUCUCUGAUGUAAAUUUACCAGUUUCAUGUGAUCGAUUUCUCUCCGUUGUUCGUACAUUGUGCAUGUCUCAAAAUGGUUAGUGAUAAAAGAACAUUAUCUAGUUGCGAUGCAUCUUGGAUUCACUAUACAGCUCCAAAAAAACAUCUGAAUUAUCUGUUGUUAUUCGCAAUCACACAUUUAUCAUAUUUGUUCAAUAAAUUAUUGGCAUUUU